AUGAAGUUGCUCUCCUUAUUGGGGUUUGGACGAGCUUGUAGAAAUUUUCACAUUUCUUCUCAGAUGCGUAUGACCAUCCCGAUGGUUAUUGAUAGUGAUGGCAAAAUAGAAAGAGUGUAUGAUAUCUAUUCAAGACUUUUGAAGGACAGGAUUGUAUGCGUAAUGUCUGAGAUAGAUGAUCGUAUUGCGUCGUCCGUCAUCGCUCAACUUCUAUUUUUACAAGGGGAAAGUUCGAAAAGUCCCAUCAACAUGUACAUAAACAGUCCAGGUGGAAGCGUAACAGCUGGGUUGGGUAUCUAUGAUACGAUGCAAUAUAUUAGUGCUCCAGUAGCAACUUGGUGUAUAGGACAGGCGUCUAGCAUGGGAAGUUUGCUACUGUGUGCUGGCGAAAAAGGGAUGCGUUAUUCUUUACCAAAUUCUAGGAUAAUGUUACAUCAACCGAGCGGUGGUGCGCAGGGCCAAGCAAGUGAUAUUCUUAUCAGAGCUGAGGAGAUUAGAAGAUUAAGAACUAAAAUCGAAGAAAUUUAUGCACAUCACACUGGACAGGACAUCAAGAUUAUUGAGAAGUCACUAGAUAGGGACCGAUUUAUGGAUGCUGAAGAGGCCAAAACAUUUGGAUUGAUUGACAAAAUUGAAAGUUCUGUAUAA